AUGACAAUUGAUAAUCAUAAAGUUGCGCGUGAGGCUAACGGAGUUCAAAUAAGAGAAACUCCGAAAGAAUUUUUUGAUAGACAACCAAAUCAAGGUCAUGUUAAUGAUUUAGAUCAUUAUAAAGAAUUAUAUCAAAAAUCAAUUGAAGAUCCAGAAUCAUUUUUUGGUGAUGUAGCUAAAGAAUUAUUAUCAUGGGAUAAACCAUUUGUAAAUGUUAAAUCAGGUACUUUAAAAGAUGGUGAUGCAGCUUGGUUUUUAAAUGGUGAAUUGAAUGCUUCUUUCAAUUGUAUUGAUAGACAUGCAUUUGCAAAUCCAAAUAAAACUGCAAUAAUUUAUGAAGCUGAUGAUGAAAAAGAUUCUUAUAAAUUAACUUAUGGAGAUUUAUUAAGAGAAGUUUCAAAAGUUGCAGGAGUUUUACAAUCUUGGGGUAUUAAAAAAGGUGAUACUGUUGCUAUAUAUUUACCAAUGAAUGCACAAGCUAUAAUUGCAAUGUUGGCAGUUGCAAGAUUAGGUGCUGCUCAUUCUGUCAUUUUUGCAGGUUUUUCAUCUGGUUCAAUUAAAGAUAGAGUUAAUGAUGCAAAAUGUAAAGCUUUAAUAACUUGUGAUGAAGGUAAAAGAGGUGGUAGAACUGUGAAUAUUAAAAAAUUAUGUGAUGAAGCUUUACUUCAAUGUCCAAGUGUUGAAAAAGUUUUGGUUUAUAAAAGAACAAAUAAUCCUGAAGUUUCAUUACAUAAAGAUAGAGAUUUUUAUUGGGACGAAGAAUGUGUUAAAUUUCCAGGUUAUUUACCACCAGUUCCUGUAAAUUCAGAAGAUCCAUUAUUUUUAUUAUAUACAUCAGGUUCAACUGGUACACCAAAAGGUGUUGUACAUUCAACUGCUGGUUAUUUAUUAGGUGCUGCAUUAUCAACAAAAUAUAUAUUUGAUAUCCAUCCUGAAGAUAUAUUAUUUACUGCAGGUGAUGUUGGUUGGAUUACUGGUCAUACUUAUGCAUUAUAUGGUCCAUUAUUAUUAGGUGUUCCAACUAUAGUAUUUGAAGGUACUCCUGCAUAUCCAAAUUAUGGUAGAUUUUGGCAAAUUGUUGAAAAACAUAAAGCAACUCAUUUUUAUGUUGCUCCAACUGCAUUAAGAUUAUUAAGAAAAGCUGGUGAAGAAGAACUUGGUAAAUAUGAUUUAUCAUCACUAAGAACUUUAGGUUCAGUUGGUGAGCCAAUUUCUCCUGAUAUUUGGGAAUGGUAUAAUGAAUUUGUUGGUAAAGGUCAUUGUCAUAUUUCAGAUACAUAUUGGCAAACAGAAUCUGGUUCACAUUUAAUAGCACCAUUGGCAGGUAUAGUUCCAAAUAAACCUGGUUCAGCUUCAUUACCAUUUUUUGGUAUUCAAACUGCAUUAAUUGAUCCAAUUUCAGGUGUUGAAUUACAAGGUAAUGAUGUUGAAGGAGUUUUAGUUAUUAAAGAUCAUUGGCCAUCAAUGGCAAGAACUGUUUAUAAAAAUCAUGCUAGAUAUAUGGAAACUUAUAUGAAUCCAUAUCCGGGUUAUUAUUUCACUGGUGAUGGUGCUGCAAGAGAUCAUGAUGGUUAUUAUUGGAUAAGGGGAAGAGUUGAUGAUGUUGUUAAUGUUUCAGGUCAUAGAUUAUCAACAGCUGAAAUUGAAACUGCGUUAAUUGAACAUUCAGCUGUUGCUGAAGCUGCAGUUGUUGGUGUAAAUGAUGAUAUAACUGGUCAAGCUGUUAUUGCAUUUGCUUCAUUAAAAGGAGCAGUAGACCCAUCUGAUGAAUUAAGAAGAGAAUUAGUAUUACAAGUUAGAAAAAUAAUAGGACCCUUUGCUGCACCAAAAUCAAUUAUAAUUGUUCAUGAUUUACCAAAAACUAGAUCUGGUAAAAUAAUGAGAAGAAUUUUAAGAAAAGUUUCAUCAAAUGAAGCGGAUCAAUUAGGGGAUCUUACAACAUUGGCAAACCCACAAUCAGUUGAUGGUGUGACUAAAUCAUUUGCACAACAAUUUGGUAAGAAAUAG